CAGACUGCUGGUCUCCCACCUCUUUCAACUGUUCUCUUCAUGGUUGUGAGUGAUUAUCAGAGCUGUAGUCAGACUGCUGGUCUCCCUCCUCUUUCAACUGUUCUCUUCAUGGUUGUGAGUGAUUAUCAGAGCUGUAGUCAGACUGCUGGUCUCCCUCCUCUUUCAACUGUUCUCUUCAUGGUUGUGAGUGAUUAUCAGAGCUGUAGUCAGACUGCUGGUCUCCCUCCUCUUUCAACUGUUCUCUUCAUGGUUGUGAGUGAUUAUCAGAGCUGUAGUCAGACUGCUGGUCUCCCUCCUCUUUCAACUGUUCUCUUCAUGGUUGUGAGUGAUUAUCAGAGCUGUAGUCAGACUGCUGGUCUCCCUCCUCUUUCAACUGUUCUCUUCAUGGUUGUGAGUGAUUAUCAGAGCUGUAGUCAGACUGUUGGUCCCCCUCCUCUUUCAACUGUUCUCUUCAUGGUUGUGAGUGAUUAUCAGAGCUGUAGUCAGACUGCUGGUCUCCCUCCUCUUUCAAUUGUUCUCUUCAUGGUUGUGAGUGAUUAUCAGAGCUGUAGUCAGACUGCUGGUCUCCCUCCUCUUUCAACUGUUCUCUUCAUGGUUGUGAGUGAUUAUCAGAGCUGUAGUCAGACUGCUGGUCUCCCUCCUCUUUCAACUGUUCUCUUCAUGGUUGUGAGUGAUUAUCAGAGCUGUAGUCAGACUGCUGGUCUCCCUCCUCUUUCAACUGUUCUCUUCAUGGUUGUGAGUGAUUAUCAGAGCUGUAGUCAGACUGCUGGUCUCCCUCCUCUUUCAACUGUUCUCUUCAUGGUUGUGAGUGAUUAUCAGAGCUGUAGUCAGACUGCUGGUCUCCCUCCUCUUUCAACUGUUCUCUUCAUGGUUGUGAGUGAUUAUCAGAGCUGUAGUCAGACUGCUGGUCCCCCUCCUCUUUCAACUGUUCUCUUCAUGGUUGUGAGUGAUUAUCAGAGCUGUAGUCAGACUGCUGGUCUCCCUCCUCUUUCAACUGUUCUCUUCAUGGUUGUGAGUGAUUAUCAGAGCUGUAGUCAGACUGCUGGUCUCCCUCCUCUUUCAACUGUUCUCUUCAUGGUUGUGAGUGAUUAUCAGAGCUGUAGUCAGACUGCUGGUCUCCCUCCUCUUUCAACUGUUCUCUUCAUGGUUGUGAGUGAUUAUCAGAGCUGUAGUCAGACUGCUGGUCUCCCUCUUUCAACUGUUCUCUUCAUGGUUUAUCUUCUGGUCAAUCUGUUCACCUCAUUGAUUGACAAGUCUACAAUGCACUGUACAUUUCCUAGUUUAGACUUAUUUUGUGUGUGUGUGUGUGUGUGUGUGUCCAUGCUAUUGAUGGCCUUUGUGAACAUUGCAAAUAAAAUAAAAAAUAUUGUAUUAUUGUGGGGGACUGGACUAGGUUUAUUAUUUCUGUCUGCUUCAGAGUCUCUAUGA